UACACAUUGAGAUGGACAAAUGUCCCUGGGCUGGUUUGUGUAUAUAUUUGAUUAUUCUAGGUUUAUGUCCUGGUUUAAUUGGGAGUGUCUACGGGUUUUUCCACUGUGGGUAUUCUGGAAAAUUGUAGAAUCCAACCUGGCAACUUUGUUUGAGGGGGCGGCACCUUCAUAUGGCUGCUGGCAACAUCUGGAAAGCUUUAUUAACGCUGCUGCUUACUUUGAAAAGUGCUCGCGAGUUGAACUGCAAAUCCAAAAUGUCUUUCAUAAAAGUAGAUGAAACCUCGGACUUUUCUUUGCACAACCUCCCCUAUGGAGUCUUUUCCACCCCGGACAAUGCUCGGCGGAGGAUCGGAGUGGCCAUCGGAGAUCAGAUCCUGGACCUGAGUGCCAUUAAACACCUCUUCACCGGACCGGAAGUCUCUCAGCACCAGCAUGUGUUUGAUCAGCCCACUCUGAAUGGGUUCAUGGCUCUGGGUUCAGGCGCAUGGAGAGAGACUCGCACGUUCCUACAGACACUGCUGCGCGCGGACGAGUCGACACUGAGAGACAAUCACGAGCUCAGGGGCAGAGCUUUUGUUGAUCAGAGCGCUGCAGUGAUGCAUCUCCCAGCUGAGAUCGGUGACUACACUGACUUCUACUCAUCCAGAGACCAUGCCACUAAUGUCGGGAUCAUGUUCCGGGGCAAAGAGAACGCACUGAUGCCAAACUGGCUGAGGCUGCCGGUUGGCUAUCAUGGCCGAGCUUCAUCUGUGGUCAUUUCAGGAACGCCAAUCAGAAGACCUCAAGGCCAAAUGAGACCAGACCCAGCCAAGCCUCCCGUGUUCGGGCCAUCAAAGCAGCUGGACAUUGAGCUGGAAAUGGCUUUCUUUGUGGGUCCAGGGAACAGGCAGGGAGAGCCGAUUCCCAUAGAGAAAGCACAUGAACACAUCUUCGGUAUGGUGCUGAUGAACGACUGGAGUGCAAGGGAUAUCCAGGCAUGGGAGUAUGUGCCAUUAGGUCCGUUUCUGGGGAAAAAUUUCGGGACCACCAUCUCGCCCUGGGUCGUUCCUAUGGAAGCGCUGAUGCCGUUUGUGGAGCCUAACACAGUGCAGGACCCAGAGCCACUACCAUACCUGAGCCACCAGGACCCAUACACAUUCAACAUCAACCUCUUUGUCUCCAUUAAAGGCGAAGGCAUGAGUGAGGCAGCCACCAUCUGCAAGUCUAACUUUAAGUACAUGUACUGGACCAUGAAGCAGCAGUUAGCGCAUCACACAGUGAACGGCUGUAACAUCAGACCAGGAGACCUGCUGGCAUCGGGCACCAUCAGCGGACCGGAUCCUGAAAGUUUUGGCUCAAUGUUGGAGCUCUCAUGGAGAGGGUCAAAGGUCAUUGAGCUAGGCGGAAGAGAGACGAGGACGUUCCUUAAGGACGGAGACGAGGUCACCCUCACAGGUUACUGUCAGGGUCGGGGAUAUCGUGUUGGUUUCGGAUCAUGCCAGGGGAAGAUCAUUCCUGCCCUACAGCAGUGAUGUUCCCCAUUCUUCUCCUUCCAUCUAUCCAUCCAUCCCAAAACCAGCUAGACUCUUCACACACCAAAUAAUGCCUUAUCAGUCAUGUUUAAUUAUUCAUGACCUUUUCAGUGACAUUGAAUGGAGUGCAUACGAGCUGUUAUUAUUAGCUCAUUGGAGUUUCACUUAGCCAAAGCUCUUCUGUGGGCAGAAAGGAUUAUGAUUGAUUAUGUGUGACAGCCAGGGAAAUUGAGAGGAGAUUGAAUUAAGCACAUUGAUUUUUGUUUAAUAAUAGGAGCCUGUCCAGAAACAUUCCACUGGCUUUUUUGUUUAAAUACUCUAAAAAUGAUAGCAAUAUAGCAAGCUAUUCAUGUUGCUAUUGAUGUAUGGCUUCUUAAAAUUAUGUAUGUUAAAUGUACUUUGGUUUAUUACAUGGAGGCAAAUUCAGGAAGGUUCAUAUCCAUGAGCCAGUGUCAAAAUGAAUUCAGUUUUGAGUCUGUGUGAGUGUUAACUCCACUAGCAGUGUCCUCCUGUCUCGUUAGUGCGCUAGACAAUCGCUUACUUUUCACAGGAAUGCAGCACCAACCAACAAGUUAGCACUAGAAUCACUAAGCACGUUAUAUAUAAACAUAUUUAAUGUGUUUCUUUUGGACUUUUGCUUUAAGUAGUUCAGUAAGUAGUUAAUUAAUGACUAACAUAAGAGGUCAAAGAGUUAGCUAUGGAAGACAGGAAUGCAGUACAAGCCAGCUAUGUAAACACUGAACCAUUGAACUGUAAAGAAAAAAACAGUACAUGCCAGCAGGCUUUGUCACUUCAUACCAUGCUUUUAAUUUUUCCUGCGAUCAGUAGCACUGUACAUUUCAGCAGGAUGUGGUAGAAGCGAAAAGGUCAAGUUUUUUGGUUAAUAUCUGAGAUCACAGCUAUAGUCUGCCACCUCUCUAUUUUCUUUAGUUUCAUCAUGUAACAAUAAUGACCCAGAUAAUAACACACACAAACUGGCACGAUGUGUGCAACAACCUCAUUUGCUAAUUGGGAAGAUAUCAACACAGCUUUAUUUUAAUGAUCAUCUGCUUCUUUCCGCCAUCCUCAGAGUAUAAUGUGUGAUUUAAAUCAGUCAGUGUUGUAAGACAGCACUCUGUCUUGGUGAUUAUUUAUUUAAUCUCCACACCUUCACCCCAUGAUAAGCAGAUUCAGUUCAAGUUCUCUUGAUGCAAAUUUUCCCCAUGAUUAAUCAACCAGAUGGCAAAGAAUUUCUACCAUCUUGAUCAGCUCAGCCUGUGUUUUGGAAACGGGUAGCUAGUCAGACUAAGCUGGAUUUUUCACCAUGGCAGUAACACAUGACUGAAUACAAUCAGCAACUGAAUAAAUACUCCAACUUCCACUACCUUGUGCACAGGUUGGCUAAACGUGCGUGUGCUCACUGGUCAUACCUUUUCUGCCUUUAGAAAAAGUUUGAUUAAGUAAAACUCCUAAGCUUUUUAAAAACCUCUGGUGCGUACGUUCUUUAAAGAUUCACUUUUGCAAAGGCACUACUUAUUUCUCAAUGUGAAGUCUAAUUACCAAAGGCAGUGUUAUGUUUAUUUCUGUUUGUCACCCACAAAUUUGGUAAUUAAAGUUACUGAUGUCUGUUAA